CGACAUUAGAAACGAUAUACGGUAGGCUGCACGACAGCCUCUACCACAAGGACAAAAAAACUCCUCACCAUUAUUUAAUUUGACUUCAUACAGCUAUAAAAUCCAACACAUCGACUGGUGUCGCCACUCUUGUCAAAUGGCCAACCCACUACGAGGUGAAGUUAUUAAGCUUUACAAGAACCUGCUGUAUCUCGGUCGAGACUAUCCGGAGGGAUCAGCCUUUUUCCGAGAGCGCCUUAAGUCAGCCUUCAUGAAAAAUAAAGAUGUGACGGACCCCGAGCACAUCAAAAAGCUCGUGGGACGAGGAGAGUAUGUCAUCAAGGAGCUUGAAGCUCUCUACUUCCUCAAGAAAUACAGAGCCAUGAAGAAGAGGUACUAUGACCCGGAAACAUAAUUGUACCAAGGAUGUAAACAUUACUGUGAAAUCCUUUGCCAUGAUUAUUAAUUUCAGGUAUUUUUUACGCAAGGCACUCUUGGGCUCUCGCUCAAAAGGAAACAUGUUAUUUGAUUUCAACUAUUGUUGAAGCCGUUUGUGCAUGUUGAAUACAUAAAGACCGAUGCAGGCAGUGUGUGAGAAUAAUGUGGAAGCAAUUUUAAUUACACAACUAUAGUUGUUAAUGUAUUGCAAGCAGCAAAACAUACAGCCAUACAUUCAUUUGUAAGUAUGAUGUUCUAUGGAUUCAAGGGGAAUUUGUGACAAAUGAAUGUAAAUAUGUGGACUGUCAACCCAAUUUGUAAGUACAACAAAAUAAAUGUGAACAAAACAAAAA